AUGGUGGCCUCUACCGCCCCGGCCAACCCGUUCCUCUCAACCGUCAAGGCCGCCGACGCCGUCCCUGCCGUCCUCCAUCCCCUCGUCCUCCUCUCCAUCUCCGACCAUAUCACCCGCCAUACUCUGCGGAAGCAGCCUGGCCCUGUCGUCGGUGCACUGCUGGGCCAGCAGAAUGGCCGUCAAGUCACAAUCGAGCACACAUUUGACUUUGUUGUCAGCAAGAACGAUGGGGGCGACGCGAGUUUCAGCGCCGUCUGGUUCAACGACCGCGUCGAGCAGAUGAAAACUGUCCAUAAGGAUCGGCACCUCGACCUCGUCGGCUGGUACACGGUGCUUGGCCAUUCGGGCCCGACGGCCCAAGUCAUGCAGGUCCACGAGCAGAUUCUGCCGUUGUGCAGCGAGUCCACCGCCGCUGUGCUGCUGGCUUUCCACCCCGAAGACCUUGCCGAGCCGUCUGUAGGCGGCAAACUGCCUCUGACACUCUACGAGACGCACUACGAGCAAGACGAGACGAUCAGCGGGCAGGAAGACGACAACGAGGACAAGGAAAUGGCCGAUGCAUCCACGGCCAAGGCAUCGACGGCGCCCCAGCUUGCCAUUAAGCUGCGCGAGAUUACGUACACGGUUGAGACCGACGAGGCCGAGAUGAUCAGCAUCGACUUUGUGGCGCGUGGUGCGGCCAACGCCUCAGCGACUAGGGAUGCUUCUGCUUCUGCUUCUACUGCUGCUACUGCUACAUCCGCCGCCGAAGACUCGAGCAAAGACGCUGCCUCCAGUUCCUCGAGUCCCAACAACAACCGCGACCGGGCCGUUGCCAUAGAGUCAGGAAACCGCGGAAAGAGGCGCCUUGUGGCGGCCCCCGGCACACCGUCGCUGACACCGACAUCGUCCUCCUUGAACGAGCCACAGGCGCCGGCACCAGGAGCAACAGCAGCGAGCGCUGCAACCAACGACAGCAACCUGUCCCCCGAGGAAGAAGAGCUGAUCGCCACAUUGACGACUCGUGCCAACGCCAUCCGCAUGCUGCAUGCACGUCUGGAGCUGCUGACCAAUUACCUCGCCAGCCUGCCGCAGGACGCAUUGUCACGGGCCGGCGCCGGUGCCAAGGCGGUGAGUGAGGAUCCCAACGCGGCGGGCGUGUCACUCCCCAUCUUGCGGUCGAUCCAGGCCCUCGUGCAGCGGCUGCCGCUCGUCGUGCCCCCGCCGGUGGCGGGCGCCUUUGAAGAGGAACGUCGGCGCGAGGCCAACGACGUGCGCCUGGUGUCGCUGCUGCUGGACGACAUGAUGCAGAGCAUUGCCUCGGCGCGGCAGGUGGGCGACAAGUUUGGCGUCGUGGAGACCGCACGUGCGUCCUCACGGCAGCAGAACAGGCUGGCCGGCCAGCCCACAGACUUUUCUGCGAGAGGAGGUGGUGCUGGGUCGGGCUCCCUGGACGCGCUGUUGUGA